AUGACCAUGAGACGCGGGACGAGGGCGCCAUGCGCGCUGCUGCUCUGCGCGGCCGUGCACUUCCAGGGCCCUUCCUGCCUCGCCGGUGGAGGAGGCGGCGGUGCCAGGGGUGGAAGCGUCGGAAGCGGUGGUGGAGGCGGCGGCGGCGGUGGCUCCGGCUCCGGGCCUGGCGGCGUCGGCGCGAGGGGUUCCAGUCGAGGACGAGCAGGACGGCGGCGGCGAGUCGACGACGAGCAGGACCGGCGGCGCGCGAGUUGGGGACGAGCAGGGGAGGAGCAGAGGAGGAGCAGGACCGGCGGGAGGAGCAGGACCGGCGGGAUCUGGCCGCGCGGGAAUCCCUUCUAA